CGUCUUGCCAAAAUGGUCGAGUGAACAUAGGCUUGGCACCGCGGCGCGCAACUUCGCGAGCAUUCGACACGCUCAACACACCCCUGCGAAACCAUCGACCACAACUUUUUCCAACGCUUUCAACCUGCCAGAUCGAAUCGAGACACAGCCGCGAUGGCAUCGAAUCGCGAUGUGCGCGAUAUGCUUGGGCUGCCUGUUGGCGAGGUCGCACCCCCGACUGCGAACAAGAAGUCGAAGAAGGGCGGGCAAACGAAGAGAAUACAGGGCGUGGCGCGCGAAGUUGCGGCACUGUAUGGCGAGCGACCACCACCGGUUGCAGUAUACGAAGAGAAGAAGGCAUACCGCGCGAAGAGGCAGAGCACUGGGCCUGCAAAGAAAUGGAUCCAGCAGCCCUUUAUCAACCCAGCGCGCAACGACGGACUCGUCUUGAAGCACUGGCGGCGCAAACCGACAAACGCACCACCUGCACACGAAGGUGACGAUGCAGCGAUGCAGGACAGUGAUCCUACAGACUACAUCGAGAACUGUGCCGAUUUUGUCAAGUAUAACAUCACGGUCGACAUGCCCGACUUUACCGAUGAGGACUACGAUGCACAUCUACGGAGCGACGACUGGAGCCGAGAGGAGACAGACUACCUGUUUGGAAUUGUGAAGGACUACUCAUACCGCUGGGCUGUAAUCUGGGAUCGCUACGAGUGGCAGGCAAUCAAGAGGCGGGAACGAGAGCUCGCACAAGCGGCACAGGAGAACGGCGACGCCGAUGUGAACGCCCUGGCAACGCUGCCGUUCGCGCCUCCGCGAGAUAAGGAGCGUUCUCUCGAAGACAUGAAGGCGCGCUUCUACGAUAUCUCCGCUAAACUCAUGAAGCUUCGAAUCUCCGAAGUACAGAUGGAUGCCGAUCAGUAUAGCUUAUACGAGACUCUUUCGAAGUUCGACCCCAACAUGGAGAAAAACCGCAAGAUGCUCGCUACAGCCCUGAUGAACCGCAGCAUGGACGAAGUCAGGGAAGAGGAGUACCUUCUUACAGAACUUCAACGUAUCAACAUGGCCGCUGUUCGCCUUGAUGCCGAACGCGAAGAGCUGCGCUCGCGACUCGAUGCACCACAAGCCAAUACCUCCUCUGCAGCAGGGCUACAAAGCUUCACAUCUAGCACAGCACUGCAAGCGCUCUUCCAGCAGCUUUUCCAGCAAGAUCGGAGUAAGAAGAGAUCGAGCGGCGGCACCAAUGCUCCUGGGCGUCUCAGCCUCAGCGCAAACGACAUGAUCAACACACCUUCAGCCUCUAAUUCCGCCAACCGUCGUACAUCCAUGGCUCUCCCGCCUGUUGCACCGAGUCAGACACCUGUCAAGACGUUGAGCCCGCACCAGGAACAUCGAUUCGCAGUCAGCACGCACGAUCGCCUCACCUCAGGCGUCACCUUCGGAUCAGAUAAACUGCUCAAAAUGCGACAGGCCAAGUCGAACGUGCAGACACAGAAGAUUGCUUCCGCGCUGCAGGAACUCGGUGUGCCGGAGAUCAUACCGAUCCCUACAAGCAAGGUUGCGGACAUAUUCGAGCAGUUGGUGUCCAAGGUCGGACGGCUACUGGAUGUGCGCAAGGUCAAGGAGAAAGAGAUGGGCGAGUGUCGCGUGCUGUCGCGCAUGAAAGCCGCACGCGACGGCACGGCUGGCAACGCAGGCGUCAAGCAGGAGGGCGAGGGGUCAGCCGAAACGUCGGGCGAAGACGCGAAGAAAGACAAUCAGGACACGCCCAUGGGUGACUCAAAUGAAGAUAACAUGGGCGACUCAAAUGAUGAUGACGACGACGACGACGACGACGCAGAAGGCGAAGACGACACGGGCGCACAGAACACGCCAGCAAAUGCAGACAGGGAUGACGUUGGGGCUGACGAAGACGACGACGAAGACGACGACGAUGCAGAGGGGGAAGACGAUACAGGCGCGCUAAACACACCCGCCAAUGCGGAUCGAGACGACGUUGAUGCAGAAGGUGAGGAUGAAAGCGCUGCGCAGACAAGUCGGGCUACGAGUCAGGGCGCAGGGCACAAGAGGAGUGCCAGUGAGCUCAGCGAAGGGAGUCAGCCAAGCGAGAAGAGGGCGAGGAAAUGAGCCAUUGAUUGUAUUGGUACGUGAAGCAUUGUCAGCAUAGCGUCGGCGUUCGAGAUAGGAAAUCAUAGCCAGAUCCACUCUCAAAUCAUCACUUCACGAUGGCUUGUUUCUCGUGUCGCAGAAUGCGUCAGACGCCGUAGUCGACCGACUCAUACAUGAGAGCUACAGGGUCUUUAUAGACAUCCAAGUGGAGAGGUUUACUCCUAUCCAUCUUUGCAACAAGAAAGUCGAGCUUACAUGUUGUAUGAUUAUAGACGGCAUCCGAUUCAAGGAUUG